GCUUUGUGCUUUUCAACAAAUCACAUAGUUCAUAGUAGUGUUAAUAAAAUUCAAAGCAUUUCAAAUAUUAUAGAGACUUCUGCGAAUAUAUUGUAUAAAUUUCUAAAGGAGAACCAGAACGAAGCUGCAAUGUGCGAGCCGGGCUACGCACGACGCCACGAGGAGGUAACCGGCCUGAAUCGCAUUACCGCCAAGGGCCUCAGGGAGAUAUGCAAGCGGGACAAAUUAUAUCAAACGCCACGGCUCAACGAUGUGCUCUACUUGCACUUUCAGGGCUAUCAGUGCAUAGAGAACCUGGAUGAGUACACAGAACUCAAGAGCAUUUGGCUCGAGAGCAACGCCAUUUCGGAGAUACAGAACCUAACGAAGCUCACAAAACUCAAGUGUUUGUAUCUGCAGAACAAUUUGAUAACCAAAAUGGAGAAUCUGGAGUGCUGUCGGGAGUUGGAUACGCUGAAUGUUAGCCAGAAUCACAUACGCAAAAUAGAGAAUAUUGGCACGGAUAUACUGCCGGUGUUGAAUACCCUCAACAUAACAUCGAACUAUCUGACGGACAGCGCCAGUUUGGCUGCUCUGGUCGAGUGCAAGACAUUGUCGGUGCUGGAUUUGGCCAACAAUCGCAUCGAUGACAUUUUGAUUGUGAAAAUAUUCGAACAAAUGCCCAGCCUGAAGGUGCUGGUGCUGCAGGGCAAUCCCGUGGUCUCCCGACUGCCGCAGUAUCGCAAAACGUUGAUAUUGGCCUGUCAAGAGCUCACGUACCUGGAUAGUCGUCCUGUGUUUGCACGUGAUCGCGCCUGUGCCGAGGCCUGGAAACGCGACGGCUACGAAGGCGAACGCAAAGAAAACCAACGCUGGAAUCGUGCCGAGCGUCGCAAGACGCGCGACAGCGUCAACAGUACCAUACGCAUGCGCAAUAGCCAUCUAAAACCCGAAGACCAGCUGCCACUACUCCACUCCAGUGACUCCGAGGAGGAGCAGAAGGGCAUUGCGGAUGCAGAAAAGACACGCAAGCGAGCCGAAAUGGAAUACGGUUGUGUGGACGACAUGUGGGACGAGGUCUCUGGUGAGAGUCAGGCCUCGGAGCAUAGCCCAACCAGCUCCACAUCGGCGGAGGAGAGUGAAAGUGCUGGCUCGCAGGCGGAUCACAUUGCCGAGCGCAUCAGUAAUCGUCGUGCAAAGCCUCUAGAGGGCAGGCCUAAGGUGCUGUACGAUGAGGCCGUGGCGGGCGACGUGGAAAGCAUUGAGCAACUUGUCAAAAACAAAGAGGAAAAAGAACAGAAAGAUCUGGAUAGCUCAGGCAAGAUAAUUCCUACAGAAGAAAUAAAGAAGAAAGCAGAAGCUAAGGAUCCCGACAGCGUUGACAAACCCGUCACAGCCGAUGAGAAUAAUAUAAAUGAAGCUGUAAAGGAGCAGCAGAACACACAGCCAUCCAAAACGAUGGAGCAGCCCCAGGGCAAGCGAAUACUUAUAGAAGAAAUGGAUGCUAGCGAGCCAAUAAAGGAGGAGCUGCUUAGCUCGCAGCCUGCUGAGGGAAAGCAGCCUGAUCUUGAUCUUGUUGAAAAGAAGGAAGAAAUUAUGCAAGCAAUUGGUAAACAAUUGGAUGAUGCAAACAUUAAUGAAUUAAACCUCAUGGAAAAGCCAGUUCCAAACGCCUCAGAACUCCUACAGUCAGACAGCGCCGCGGAGCCGCCACUUCUUCAAUCAGACAGCGCUGAAGAGGCCCCGCCUUUGCUUCAAUCCGAGAGCACCACAGAGGCACCGCCUUUGCUGCAAUCAGACAGCGGUUCAGAGCUGGAUAACAGCGCAGAUCUGGAGCAGACAUGCCAAACGCUGCUCCAUGUGGCCCAAGGCAACAAGGAUGGCGCAGAUCCCACGCCCCAGGAAAUAAAAUCCCAACUCGUCGAUGAAAUGUACGAGAGUUUCGGCUCGGAAAUGUUUGCGGAACAUUCGCAGUCCAUCGAUCAGUUGCUCAACGAAAGCACCACAAAAUACCAACUGGCGGCGAAAGUCUGCUGCGAGCAGGAGACAGCCACCACACCCAGGGAUUUGUAUAAGGAAUUCAUGGAGGAGUUCUCGCUGCAGCCCAAAAGCCAAGAGCAAUUGGAUUGGGAGCAGGAGUGUGCCGAUGCCAGCGAGAAGUGUGCCCAUGAUUUGGCCGAAAUGGGCAGCCACCUGGAUGAGGAUCUGCAGGAGCUGCGCCAGCACACGGAGAACUUGAGUGCCACCGAGCACACGGAGGGUCUGUCCGAGUCGGAUGAGGAGCUAACAGAGACCGAAUUGGAGGCAAAGUCCGAACUGUUAAAGGGGCAAUUCGAGGAACGCAAACAGCGCCUCAAGGAGGCGAUGGAGGAGCGAAAGCAGCUGCAGGAGAAAAACGAAGCCACAAAGGCAGAGCUGGCCGAUCUGACACAACGCUAUGAUCUCUUUGCCAAGAUCCUGGACGAUUGCACGGAUAAUGUGCCGAAGCGCGUGUUCGGCGCUGGCUCCGAUACGCCCAGCAAGGACUGGGACAAGGAGGAGUGCAUGCGGCAGCUGCCACUGACUGCCAUGGAGGACGCCAUCAAAGAGGGCGGACACUCAGCCAAUGAUGAUGAUGAUGAUGAUAUAUUGACGCGACCCUUGACAGAGCUGAGCAGCGCCGAGCAGGCGGAGGAAAUCUGCGCCAGUUUGGAUCGCAAGCUGGCCGGCGAGGAGGAAACCCUGCGUCAGCUGCUCUCUGAGCUGGAGAGCGAGAAUGAGAUUUUGUACAACAUUGAGACGGAGGUGGACUAUGAGGAGUCCUUCAGCUCGGAGGACUCGCACUCGCAGAUGGUGUGUGCCUCGCUGCUCAACGAUCUGAUCAGCGAUGUCAUCUACAAGGACAUCACGGAAAUGGGUCCCAACAGCUAUCCGCUGGGUCCCUUUGAAUCCGACGACGAGUACAGCUACUCGGAGCAGCCAAAGCUGGAGAAGCUGGUGCCGCCGCAUCUAGAGAAUCCAGCGGGUGGCAAGAGUAUGCGCGAAUGUGUGGACUCGUUCAAGGAGUUCCUAGCCAGCCGGGCGGACGCUACCGCACCCAGGCCUGUGUCCUCCACAAACAAGGAGAAAAUACGCGCAGCCAAGGCGCUGUUGCAGUCCAAGUGCCUGGCGGACUAUAGCAAGGACACGCCCGAAAGUUUGGAUGCCCAACUGGCCAAGGAUGAGGCCAAGCGCAAGCGGCAUGUGGCUGCCUCGGCGGCACGCUGCUUUGCCCAGCGGGAGAAGUACGAUGACACCUUGGAGGUCGUGGACAAUCGUCUGAUGAUCGUCAAGAAGGACACGGGUGAACUAGAGGAGCUGCCACCGCCGCCGGGACUGAUCAGUGACUCGGAAUCAGAGCAGGGGGAGGAGGACGAUGAUGAUGUCUAUGACACUGCAGACGAAGACGCGCAUGAAAGUAAUCCACGUGCCCCCUGGACCACACCGUACGAGCCAAAGCCCCGCAAAUCGGCCGAGCAUUUGGUCAACGAGGCCAUGCAGCGCUGUCUGGCCGAACAGUUUACUGAACUGCCAGCCGAUGACAGCCAGGAGAAUGAAAGCCUGGAGGAGGAAUUCUUCUCGCUGGAGGCCAAGCAGACAUUUGGCAACCUCGAUACGGAGUUCUUUCAGAAGUUAGAUCUCGAUAAGGUGACGACGGCGAACAAUGCGGAGGCUGCCACCGAAUGCAUGCGCAGCUACAACGAGCUGAAGGCCUGCAUGAAGUCGGGCGCCACAGAGCUGCAGCUGACCAGCGAGGAGAACGAAAUGCUGCAGGCGAUGCUCUCCUCCAAUGAGGAGCUGGAGGCCAAGGCCAAGCCCAGCGACGAUCCGCUGGUGGAGCGGGAAAACGAAUUGUUGAACAAAAUGAUGCAACGCAUGAAGGAGCAAGAGGAGCAGGCACGUGAAGAGGAAGCACUGAAGCUGCAGCAGCAGCAGCAGCAGCAGGAGGAGCAGGAUUCAGCUUCCAUUAAACUUUCGGUGGGUGAGGGUUCUAUGCUGUAUCAGCGCUGGAGUCCUUUGUCCAUAACAGAAAUCAUUGAACAAGAAGAAGGCGGUGCAAAGGGAGAAGAAGGAUGUGCAAAGGGAGAAGAAGGAGGUGCAAAGGGAGAAGAAGAAGGAGGUGCACAGGGAGAAGAAACAGUUUCCCCAGAAGCAGAAGCAAGUGUUACCCAAGAAGCAGAAGUAAAAGAUCUCCAAGCAGCAAAAGGAAGUGUUCCCCAAGCCACAGAAAGAUAUCCAAAACUUCCAGCAAUGCACCCACUCAUCGGCUAUGAGGACAUUGAUGACGAUGAUGCCCCAUCCGAUUUCACAACCGAUUAUUCGUCCGACGACGAAAUGGCCGUUGUAGAGCCACCAAAACUGCCACCCGAAAUGCUCAAAGCCUACUACUACGAGGGCUUCGAGGAGGAUAUGCGCAUGGUGCGUGAGAAUGAGGCCAAGACACGUCGAGGUCUGCGCAAAAUAAUGCAAAACGUAAAGAAAAUGCCGCAAGAAGAUAAUGGAAAAGAAACGGCAACCGAAUUGGAAUCUGGCCCGGCGCAGGCGGAGCCACAGACCGAGACAGAAAAGGGCAAGGAACAGGGCGAGGACAAACCGUUGGUGGAAACUGCCAAAGAUAAGUGGGCAAAAAUAGCAUCCAGAUUGAAGGAAUUUCUCGAUCCCGAGUCCAUGGCGCAGCUGGAGAGUCACGAAUACGGCGAAAGUGAUGGCGAGGAGAAUGAGGAGGAUAUUAUGAAUGAUGUUGCUGGUUUGGAGAACUUUGAAGAAGAGUCACAGACGCAAUUGGAGGGCGCUGUGGAAGAAACUUCAGAGAAGCAAGAAAACCAACAAACACCAAAGCAGAACCUCGCUGAAGCAGCAAUCACUGAGCCAAACAAACAAUUGGAAGAUAUCCCUGAGGAUUGGAAUCUGCAUCAGAACUUAUUUGAACAGAAUGGAAAAGCUUUCCUUGAGCUAAAGACCGAAGACAACUCUGACAUUGGCGAUUCAGAGAAUAAAAAACCAAUUAGUGAAUGCCAAAAGAUAAAUCCAGAUGAUUCGAAUAUAGGCGAUGGCCAUGCAGAGAACUUGAUAAAGCAAAACGAUAUAAAACACAUUGAAACACAAGAAAACAAAGAGGAAAAAGAUGAAACUGCAGAAAAUCCAGCAAACACGGCUAAUUUGCACAACACAGACAACAAAACACCAACAGAAUGCUCCCACACACCUGCAAAAUUUGUAAAAUUUGACUAUUUUGAGGACACUGAACCCUCUGAAUCCCCAGAAGCCACAGAAUCCACAGCUAACUCCACCGAAGCCACGCUCAAAACCGAACAAAUGGAAUUCCAUGUGGAUGUGCUAAGCGAUGAUGGCAAUGUGGUCAUCAAAGAGGUGACCGUUGAGGCCCAAGUCACCUACCAAUAGAUGCAUUCAUUCAUUUCUUUUGUUUAGUUUUUAAUCAGUUUUAAAAUGUAUAUUAAAUUUUUCGCACUUCCUGCAAAUGGAUGAGAGCA